CAUCCGGGUACUUCUCUCAGGCCAUGCGUUGUCAUGUGACGCUUUUUCAGCCAUCUUGUGGAAACGAAAGAGAGAGAACUUCGCAUACAAACUCAGCGCUGUCAGUUAAAAGCAGAGACUUUCUAGGAAAAAUGGCAGAAACCCAGACGCUUAACUUUGGACCAGAAUGGCUCCGUGCCCUGUCUGGUGGAGGGGGGAGCAGCAGUGUCGCGUCUCCUCCUCUUUCACCUGCAUUGCCAAAGUAUAAACUUGCAGACUAUCGCUAUGGGAGAGAAGAGAUGCUAGCACUUUAUGUAAAGGAUAACAAGAUUCCGGUAGAUCUACAUGACAAGGAGUUUCUGCCUAUUUUACAAGAGGAGCCGCUACUGCCUCUGGCCCUUGUUCCAUUUACAGAGGAGGAACAGAGAAAUUUCUCCAUGUCUGUAAACAGUGCGGCAGUGCUGCGUCUGACUGGGCGAGGCGUAGGCGUGGUUGCAGGGGCAACCCGAGGUCGAAGUACCUCACGCGGGCGAGGGAGAGGAAGAGGAGAAGGAGGUUUUUACCAAAGAAGUUUUGAUGACGUGGAGGGUGGGUUUGGUCGCGGCGCGAGAGAGAUGCAUCGCUCUCAGAGCUGGGAGGAAAGGGGAGAUAGAAGGUUUGAAAAGCCAACUCGAAAAGAGCCAGAUGGAGCUCCAGCCCACUUUCAGCUCAACCACAUACGGGGUAACUAUGAGGAUGGUGUUCCAGGGGGUUUGGCGAGAAAACAUGACUUUGCACGAUCUGAAAGUGAGAACUGGCGAAUGUCUCGCGAUGAACAAAAUGGUGAGGAUGAAGAGGGGGGCGGUUGGCGGCUGGCGGGGUCCCGGCGCGAUAAUGAGCGAUGGUGCCCCCCGAGUCCAGAUGGACCACGUUUGGCUGGGUGGCGGGAACACCCAGACCAGCGCCGCCGCUUCCCCUUUGACUCACGGGGGGAGGAGGAGCGUGGUGGGGGCUACCGCAGGGCCCGCUCAGGCAGUGGCAGCGUGGAAGACGAGCGGGAUAGUCUGCCUGAAUGGUGUCUGGAGGAUGCUGAGGAAGAAACGGGCACCUUUGAUUCAUCUGGGGCAUUCCUCUCUCUCAAGAAGGCUUCUAAGGAGCCAAUUCUGGAGGAGGCAGAGCUAGACUUCCGUCCAUUGGAGGAGUGUGAAGAACGCUCGGAGAAAGAGUACAACGAAGCAGAGAAUACCAAAGAGCCUGAAGUGAAGCACCAGACUGCCAGACAUGAGGAUGGCAGGAAAUCAGAAGAGCCCUCUCCACCUCCUGUUCAAGUGCCGGCAAAAGUCCCUGCUCCGGAACCAGCUCCUGCAGUAUCCCUGCCCACCAGUCAGCCAGAGAGAGCAGAAGAGCCUGAGAGACCAGCAGAGAGACCGGCAGCUCCUGAAAUCAGAGCCACUUCCGCUCCAAUCCACACACCCCUUCCCAUAUCUAUAUCCCACACAACAAAUACACUCAGUGCACUUACAGAUCUUCCAUCCUCACUUCCUCCUUCGCUGUUGCCCCCGCAGCCAGUAGCCCCCCCACCCCAGCAGCCCAAGCCCAUGGAAGUGCCUGUAGUGGUGCAUGCUGCUCUCUCCUUCAAGAGCAUCAUUACUCCCAUUGGCCAGCCUCCAGCCAUGCCCACCGACACGGACGAGGAUGAGGGGCUUAAGCACUUUGAACAGGAAGCGGAGAAGAUGGUGGCUUAUCUGCAUGAUGGCGGCGUGGAUGAUGAGCGCUUGGCUGCUAAGACCGCAGAGCGGCCCAAACCCGCCGGCCUACCGCUGUCCCAUGAGGCUUCACUUAAAUGGUUCUACAAAGACCCUCAGGGAGAGAUUCAGGGUCCUUUUAAUAAUCACGAGAUGUCUGAGUGGUUUCAGGCUGGGUAUUUUACCAUGACUCUGUUGGUUAAGAGGGGCUGUGAUGAGGGCUUUCAUCCUCUGGGAGAACUGGUUAAAAUGUGGGGCAGAGUGCCGUUCGCCCCUGGUCCUGCACCACCUCCCAUACUGGGGGAUUCGGACCAGGAGAGGUUGAAGAGGCAGCAUGCUUUAAGUGUAUAUCAGAUUCAGCAGUUGCAGUACCAGUACAUGCUCAGGCAUCAGCAGUAUGCUCAGGCACUAGCUCAGCAGAAAGCUGUGCUCACUUCAGCUCCUCCCCCAACACAGCAGCAACAGCAGCUCAACCUACUCCUGCACCAGGCCCUCAAGCUCAGAACUCCAGAACAGCAGCAGAGCCUGUUGCCGCCAGUGACACGUUCCAUGUCCGUUCCAGAUUCGGGUUCAGUUUGGGAUAUGCCGAUUCCUUCUACGCAAGCUUCUUGUACCCCCAGCAUUCAACCGGCAGCUCCUAACACUUGGGAAGGGGCCAGUGUGUGGGAUCUUCCCAUUGAGACGAUGACUCAAGCUUCUAUUGACCAGAUACAGCUGGAGAAAGCAAAGCUGGAGAUGGAACGGAGGGAGGCAGAGCUUCGGGCCAAAAGGGAAGAGGAGGAACGGAAGCGAUUAGAGGAGGUGCUGCGGGCACGACAGGAGGAGGAGUGCAAACGUCUGGAGGAAGAGGAGCUGGCACGGCGGAAACAGGAGGAGGCACUAAGGAGGCAGCGAGAACAAGAGGAGUCACAACGGCGGCAGAAAGAGGAAGAGGAGCGUCUGGCCCAGGAGGAAGCACUGCGAAGAUUAGAAGAGAAGAGGAGAGAGGAAGAAGAAAGGAGGCAAAGGGAAGAGUUCCUUCGUAAUCAGGAAGAGGAGCGGCGGAAGCAGGAGGAACUCGAAGCUCAGAGGAGGCAAGAAGAAGAGAGGCGAUUAGAGGAGGAGGCAGCAGCGGCUGCUGCAGCAGCUGCAGCUGCUUUGGUUCGACAACAGCAGGAGGAGCAGAAGAGACGAGAACAGGAGCUUCAGAGGCAGCAGGAACUGCAAAGGCAACAAGAGGCUCAAAGGCAACAAGAGCUCCAGAAGCAGCAGGAGGCUCAAAGGCAACAGGAGCUGCAGAGACAGCGGCAACAGCAGCAGGAGGCCCUGCGCCGGCUCCAGCAGCAGCAACAGCAGCAGCAACUCGCUCAAAUGAAGCUUCCAUCGUCGUCUAAGUGGGGUCAGCAGUCAACCGCAACCUCCUCCCUUUCGCAGACUCAGAACACUCUGUCUCUCAGUGAAAUCCAGAAGCUUGAGGAGGAGAGAGAACGACAGUCUAAAGAGGAGCAGCGGCGCCAGCAGCAGGAGUUCCAGAGGCAGCAGCAGCAGCAACAGCAACAGCAGGCCCAGACCAAGCUCUCGGGCUGGGGCAGUGUAGCCAAGCAGCCUGCUGCCACAAAGUCCCUGCUGGAGAUCCAACAGGAGGAGGCCCAACAGAUGAAGCAGAGGAAAGAUCAGCAACCGCCUGUUCCUGUUCCUCAGCAAAACCGCACCCAGAAUAGAACCGUUUUGACCUCAGUUUGGGGUUCAGUGAGUAACACUAGCUCUCAGUGGACGCCAGACAGCAGUAUCUGGGGUGACGCUCAGAACUCGAACAUGGGCUUCUGGGACGAUGCAGUUAAGGAGACCGUUCAGCCUCCACCCCCGCGCAAGAGCAACGCACAGAAAAACAAGGGAAACGCUAACCUCAGUAAUAGCAACAGUGCUAAAUCCAAUAAAAAAGUGGAAGAGGAGGAGAAGCUGUUGAAGCUCUUCCAGGGAGCCAAUAAGAGUCAGGACAGCUUCAUGCAGUGGUGUGAGCAGACGCUACACACGCUCAACACUGCCAACAAUCUGGACGUCCCGACAUUUGCAUCGUUCCUGAAGGAGGUGGACUCUCCAUACGAGGUGCACGAUUAUGUGCGAGCAUAUCUGGGAGACUCACCCCAGGCUAAGGACUUUGCCAAGCAGUUCCUGGAGCGCCGUGCCAAACAGAACGUCAACCAGCAAAAACCUCUGCAGAUUCAGCAGCAGAAAAAUCAACAGCAGGACUCUGUGUGGGGGGUGAACCAGACUGUAUCUCAGGCAGUGUUUCAGUCCAACCACUCCUCCAUGCAGCAGCAGCAGCAGCAACAGCAGCAGUGCUUUGAGACGGUCACCUCGGGCAAGAAAAAGAAGAAACAGAAGAUGGUGAGAGCAGAUCCAAGUUUGUUAGGUUUUUCCGUCAAUGCCUCGUCUGAGCGAUUAAAUAUGGGUGAGAUUGAGACUCUGGAGGACUUUUGAGACCUGCUGAAAAGCUCACUCCCCCUACUGACUCUUUCUGUUCACAACAGCUACGUUUUAUCCCAUCUCCCCCUUUUUUUUCUUUUUUUUUUUUUCUCCCCUCUCCGUAUGUUUGUUUUUCCUGUUUUUUGGGGUUUUUUUUUUUCCCUUCUUGUCAGUUCACAUCUGUUGAUUCCAACCGUGAAGCUGAGGUGUUGGAGGCUAUUGAGGAUAUGUCCAGCAUCUUGCCCCAAAUCUUAGCCUCCAUCCACUUCAAGGAACAAUCCAAAAAAAAUAUUAAGAGGGAAACCAGCCUCUGCAGAACCAGAGAGCAAAGGGAGUCCACACAUUAUUACAACUAAAGAUCUGAUUCUGUUUAAUGCUCUCUUCAGAGACGAUUCAGCUGCAUAAUUGACUCUUGACUCUUGAGGUUUAAUAAUAGAGCCAGUUAUACAAAACAAACUAUUUACCCCCUUGUAAUAUUUUAUUUAUUGAAUGUUUAGAUUUUCCUGCUGUCCUCCCGCCCUCCUUUUUUCCUUUUACUCAACUUCUCCUACUCCUCUUCACUGCACGGUGUUGGAGGAAGAAGCCGACGAUGACAACGUAGGACCUAAGGACGUAUAAUCACCGCUGUCCUGUUUUAAGGACGUGUUUGAAAGUUCCAAGUAGUUAUCCAUUUCUUGUAAAAUAUUAGGCUGUUUAAAGAAUAACUUUCAAUUCUGCAUCUGUAUUAUAAUAUAUGGAAACAAAGAACCAAUGGAGUCAUACUUUUUUAUUGCAGUAUGGAAGAAAAUAAAAUAAAUGGCAGUCUCUGUGUGGGCUGUUCUACAUCA